AUGGAGCCCCCGAUCCCACAGGCCGCCCCCUUGACUCCCAGCUCAGUCAUGGUCCAGCCCCUUCUCGACAGCCGCGUGCCCCACAGCCGGCUCCAGCACCCGCUCACCAUCCUCCCCAUCGACCAGAUGAAGACCAGCCACGUGGAGAACGACUACAUCGACAAUCCCAGCCUGGCGCCCGCCGCCGGCCCCAAGCGGACCCGGGCGGGGGCCCCGGAGCCGGCCUCCACGCCUGCGCGCUGUGACCAGGACGUCACCCACCACUGGAUCUCCUUCAGCGGCCGCCCCAGCUCCGUGAGCAGCAGCAGCAGCACGUCCUCCGACCAGCGGCUCCUCGACCACAUGGCGCCGCCCCCCGUGGCCGACCAGGCCUCCCCGAGGGCCGUGCGCAUCCAGCCCAAGGCCAUCCACUGCAAGCCGCUGGACCUCAAGGGCCCGGCGGCGCCCCCGGAGCUGGACAAGCACUUCCUGCUGUGCGAGGCCUGCGGCAAGUGCAAGUGCAAGGAGUGCGCCGCGCCCCGGACGCUGCCCUCGUGCUGGGUCUGCAACCAGGAGUGCCUGUGCUCCGCGCAGACCCUGGUCAACUACGGCACCUGCAUGUGCCUGGUGCAGGGCGUCUUUUACCACUGCACCAACGAGGACGACGAGGGCUCCUGCGCCGACCACCCCUGCUCCUGCUCCCGUUCCAACUGCUGCGCCCGCUGGUCCUUCAUGGGCGCCCUGUCCCUGGUGCUGCCCUGCCUGCUCUGCUACCUGCCCGCCACGGGCUGCGUGAAGCUGGCCCAACGCGGCUACGACCGCCUGCGCCGGCCCGGCUGCCGCUGCAAGCACACGAACAGCGUCAUCUGCAAGUCGGCUGCCCCGGGUGAUGCUCAGGCCGGCAGGCCCGACAAGCCUUUCUGA